AUGAAAAGAGCUCCUAUUGAGCAUCCUCAAAAGUUCAAUGUUACUGUCGUUAUUGUGAGUGCAAAAAGUCUUAUGGAUUUGCAAAUGGCCUUCAAACGGUUAUUUGGCACGGGCGUGUUGCUGGUGCGCACAGCAGCCCAGUUAAUUCCGCCACUGACCUACGACUUGCACAAGGGUGACUGCGGGCGUGUAGCAGCAAUCGGCGGGUGCGAGGAGUACACUGGUGCGCCAUACUUUGUGGCCUCCACAGCGCUGCGUCUCGGCGCGGAUAUUGCGCAUGUCAUAUGUGAGAAGGACGCGGCAUCAGUUAUCAAGGGUUACUCACCGGAUAUCAUUGUCUAUCCGUAUUUGCGCUCCACAGUAAAUAAGCAGGACAUGGAGUUGGGUGAGAUUUCGCAGAGGGUGGGUCGGGUCUUGGAUAAGAUGCACGCAGUGUCGAUUGGAUCGGGACUAGGCAACGACGACAAUAUAAGGGAGAGCGUGGGCCGGGUCAUUGUUGCCACCAGGGAGCGUGGUAUCCCCAUGGUCCUGGAUGCUGACUCCUUGGCCUUGGUCGGUCGGGAUCCGGAUCUUGUCCGUGGGUACCAAAAUGCCGUGCUGACGCCAAACGCGCCAGAGUUUGCCAGGCUGUGCGACUCACUGGGAAUUUCCAAGGAGGAUGCAAAAUCGGAGCAUGCGGCACAGUUGGUUGCUGAAAAGCUGGGCGGUGUUACCAUAGUGAAGAAGGGCAAGAGCGACGUAAUUACCAAUGGUAAGACCACCUUUAUAUGUGAGGAGCUUAGUGGACUUCGCCGGUGCGGUGGCCAGGGCGAUAUUCUGAGCGGCGCAAUUGCCACGUUUUUGGCAUGGGGCCACAAGUACAAGAAAGUGAGGUGGAAGCAUACUGGUGGCGAGGUUGAUUUUGCGGACAUUCCGAUGUUGGCUGCGUACUCGGCAUGCUUGGUUGCCCGGCAUGCGUCUUUCUUGGCGUUUGAUGAGUGUGGGCGGGCCACGCAGUCGACCAGCAUUUUGGACCAAAUCGAUAUCGCCUUUGACAACAAGUUCGACGAGGUGCUCAAGGCGGUGAGGCCACCAAAGAAAUAA